CACUUGGCCGUGAUCACAACCUGUCAUCGGAUUUUUGGCGAUACUUGUUUUGAAUUCGCUAUGAAUUCAAGUGUUGGAUUAUCUGACCCGAAGAUCGACGCACUGUCGAAAAUUUAUAUCUCGACACUCAGUCUGAGCUUGAUUGGCAGUCUGUCUGUUAUUGUGGUGUCCAUCAUCAGACGAAAACAUCUCAAUGAGCAGGUUAAACCUUUGCUUCAGUUGGCACUGGCGGAUUUUUUGGCCUCUGCCGUCCUCAUGAGCACCACUGCUCUCAACUUCAUGUCAGUGUCCUAUGGCAUUAAAGUGUGUGAGACACUCCUGCCUCUGUCUCUGACAUUCUACUGUAUCUCUUUCUUGCUGGUCAUCAUUUAUGCCUUCCAGUCGACACAUGCUGCACAGGGCUGGAGGGAGAGAGAAGAGGAGGGAUGUGAGGAGCAGUUGCGAAGUACCAGGAGGAAGUUUAUUGUUGUUUACAUCUUUGUGUGGGUCCUGCCCCUGAUUGGAUACGUUAUCUAUGUGGAAACAGUCUCACUGACAAUGGGGGGGCUGAUACCCACAUGCAAAGCAAAUGGAGGAGGAGAAAACCUUUGGCCAACCGCCAAGUUCUGCGACAGCUGCCUUCUCUUCCUGCACAUUCGGAGUGACUCGUGUUCAAGCGUGGAGAAGGGCCACGACAUGUUCAUCAGGAUUUUCACACUCAUCAGUGUUCUCUCUGUACUCACCACCUGCACUAUUGUGUACUGUAGGUUGGGCAGUUGGUAUGAGCGAUAUAAGCAGACGUAUGUGUUCCCUGUCGAGGGAGACGGGAUGUCUCGGAAACGUCUGAGGGGAAUCUGUUCUGUAUCCCGCUGCAUGGUCACCAUCAUCAUCCUCUGUUGGGCACCAGUUCUCCUUCUCGUCAGUCUGUCCUUCACAAAAAUCAAGCAGGAGGACCUGUUCCCUCUUUACGUCAUACAGGCAUUGUUUGUGUCUCUGCAUGGUUUCUUGAACAGCAUCGUGUAUGCAUGGCGACGGCGAAACUUCCGAGAUGCUGUCCUGGGAGAGCAGCUGCCCCUGUUGGCCAGAGCCUUCUUUGACCAAUCACUGAGCGAGCCCUCGUGAUCCGAGAGGACAGCGUAAACAGACAUUGGCCAAAACUGUCAGUUUUACAUGUGUGUGAAAUUGAGGUGAAGAGCAGAACACAGGAGGCUGAAGGCAGGGGAAUGAAAUUUCAGUGACAGAGGAUUCAGAAACUCUGCCAGAGAAAUGGCUCUCACACUGACAUUAGCCCAUAAAAAGUCUGGAACGUGUCUGUGUGUGUGUGUGUGUGUGUGUGUGUGUGUGUGUGUGUGUGUGUGGAGAUAGGGAGGUUUGUUGUUUAGGUGGCAUAACAAUAACCGGGACUACAGAUUUUUAUCAUAGUCGUCUCAGAUUAUCACCUCUCAAAUGAGCUAAUGUCUAAGAUUAUUCUUCUUUCAGUUAACAUUUCUCAGGGGUCUUGAGAAUUCAGUGUCUUUUGUUAAGUGGUAGAUGUGCAGUCAGCAUCGAGAGAAGAAACCCCACGCACCAUAAACAUACCAGCAUCAUGUAUAAUACCGUUAAAAUGCAUUUUUUUUCUCACUUCAAAAGUCUGAUUUCUGAGUGUGUGUUUCCACAGACUCUAAAUGUGGAUGUGAAGCAUUGCAUUGUUCUAUUCCUUUUUUUUACCAUUUCCUUUUUAAAAUGGUACAAUGAGACAAUGAUUUUCACAGUGCUCGCCAAUGUGUGUAGAACUAAUAAUGAGACAUGAUUUUGUGCUGACAUAUUUAUUUAACAAAAGCUUUAACCCCGUAGAUGCCAAAAUAAAAAACUCAACAAAUCCCAAUGUGUCAGAUGUGUAU